UCCCCACUGACCCCCAUCAUCCCAGCAUCAGUGGGAUGUCCCAGGUGUGUCGCCUUCUGGCCUUGCUCAUGCUCUCCAGCUGCACAAAGGUCUCCUCUGCUAACUCUCUGGAGCUUGUGAAAGAGCAGUGGAGCAGCUACAAGGACCAGUGCCUGGACUUUAUCAAUGCCACGCCCCCUGCUAUAGGGUUGGUGUGCAACAGAACCUUUGAUUUGUACGCCUGCUGGCCCGAUGGACUUCCAGGCACCGUUGUCAAUGUUAGCUGUCCAUGGUUCCUGCCUUGGCAUCAAAAAGUUCAGCGGGGUCUGGUCUACAGAGUCUGCAGUGAAGAUGGUAAAUGGGGACAAAAAAAUACUAGCGAAUGUGAGGACGACCCCCGUGAGCAGCAGUACGGCCACAUCCUCAGCCAGCUUCGAAUCAUGUACACAGUGGGCUACUCGCUUUCACUGGGAGCCUUGCUGCUGGCACUGGGAAUCCUCAUCAGCUUCAGGAAGCUUCACUGCAUGAGGAACAGCAUCCACAUGAAUCUGUUUGCGUCCUUCAUCCUGAGAGCUGUAUCCAUCCUGGUCAAGGACGCCUUCCUCACCCUCACUCUGGACCCAAGGAGCAGCAGUGAUGUUCAGACACAAGGCUGGGUCAACAUACCGGGUGUGAUAUGGUGCCGUGGUGCCGUGGUGAUGAUGCAGUACAGCGUGAUGGCCAACAACUACUGGCUGCUGGUGGAAGGCAUCUACUUGCACAGCCUCCUGGUCAUCACUGUUUUCAGCGAGAAGAAAUACUUCUACUUUUACCUGGCCAUCGGCUGGGGUGCACCUCUCAUAUUUGUGUUGCCAUGGAUCACAGUGAAAAACCUGUACGAGAACGAAGAGUGCUGGGAGAGGAAUAUUAACAUGGGAUAUUGGUGGAUUAUCCGCUCCCCUAUACUGUUUGCUUAUCUGAUUAACUUCUUCAUCUUCAUCAGGAUAAUUAAAAUCUUGAUGUCUAAGCUCAGAGCUCAUCAGAUGAGAUACACCGACUACAAAUUCAGACUGGCAAAGUCCACGCUGACUCUCAUCCCUCUGCUCGGCAUUCAUGCCAUCCUCUUCACCUUCGUCAUUGAUGAGUCUGUCCCUAAAGGCUCGAUGCUUCGCCUCAUUCGCCUCUUCUGUGACCUCCUAUUCAACUCCUUCCAGGGCCUACUCGUUGCCAUCUUGUACUGCUUUGUCAACAAAGAGGUGCAGUCUGAGAUGCUGAAAAAGUGGAAGCGGUGGAAACUGGGAAAGGACAUCGACGAGGAGUACCGCCACACCCACAGCCACACGCCCCACAUUAAGAGCGGCAGCGUCACCACCGGCAAUCUACCUGACAUCCAUGACAACAACGCGAGCGACGCAAGCAGUGACUCACCUCGCCUCAACAAAGCCCACUGCCACCCGUCCUGCUCUGCCACCCCCAAAGAGAACCGCAGACUGGUGGUCCUGUACAGCAAUGGAACGGAGAAAGGCUGCGCUGCCAAGAACAGACACACCCUGCAGUUCUCUUUACGACCUCAACGAGGCAGCACUGCGGCAGAGGAUCUCUGUAUGGAGGAACGUGUCCAGUACCGCUCGUACGUGCAGGAAGGAGAGGAGACCAUCAUCUGAAUGGACUCUUCAUCACAAUGCACUGCAACAUUUAAAGAUCAGCUUAAACCGCACAUCAGCAAUACAGCCAUCAUGUUCAAAAUGAUAUUUCUUUGUUUUAGGAGACUUGAAAUUUUAGGAAUGAUUCCAAGAAUAUUAAGAACCAGCUUCAUUGG